AUGGGAAAUUUAGGUUUACAAAUGGCUGGUGAUGCAUAUUUAGAAGGAUUUGAAAAUUUAAAUGAAGAAGAAAUGAUGAAACUGGUUAUAUAAAUAAGUCUAUAAGAAAAAAAUGGAGGAAAUCCGGCCUAGAAUUAACAAAAUAAUGAAGAAAAUAAUAGCAAAAAAAAUUGGGAUGAAGAAGAUGAAGAUUAUAAUUAUUUAGAAGAAAACGAAGAUGAGGAAGAAUAAAAGAGUAGAAGAGUUUAAAAAGUAACUUAAGGCUUUUGA